AUGGCCCCCCCCGCGCGCUUCCAGUUCGCCAUCGACCGCGGCGGCACCUUCACCGACGUGUUCGCGCGCGGCCCCCGGGGGCGCGUGCGCGCGCUCAAGCUCCUGUCCGAGGACCCCGAGCACUACCGCGACGCGCCCACCGAGGGCAUCCGACGCAUCCUGCAGCAGGAGUGUGGCACCCCGUUCCCGCAAGACCAGCCCUUGGACACAUCCCACAUCGAGUGGAUCCGCAUGGGGACCACGGUGGCCACCAACGCCCUGCUGGAGAGGAAGGGGGAGCGCCUGGCCCUGCUGAUCACCAGGGGCUUCCGGGACCUCUUGCACGUGGGCACCCAGGCCCGGCCCAAGAUCUUCGACCUGGCUGUGUCGGUGCCAGAGGUGCUGUACGAAGUGGUCGUGGAAGUGGAUGAGCGCGUGGUACUUCAUCAGGAGGGAUGUCAGCUUUUUGGUAAUAGCCAGCCAGUCACAGGAUUGACGGGUGACUCCCUGGUGGUGCAGAGACCCCUGGACCCAGAUGCCCUGCGGGGGCCGCUGGAGGAGCUCUUGGCGAAGGGGAUCCGCAGUCUGGCAGUGGUACUUUUACACUCCUACGCGUGGCCGGACCAUGAGCGGCAGGUGGGUACCCUGGCCCGGGCCCUCGGCUUCCAGCAGGUGUCGCUUUCCUCCGAGGUGAUGCCGAUGGUGCGGGCAGUGCCCCGUGGCUACACAGCGUGUGCCGACGCCUACCUCACCCCUUGCAUCGGCCGCUACCUGGAAGGGUUUCGGGCUGGCUUUGCUUCCCAGCUCCAGGGCGUGCCUGUCCUGUUCAUGCGCUCUGACGGCGGCCUGACGCCCAUGGAUGCCUUUAGUGGCUCCCGCGCCAUCCUCUCCGGCCCCGCCGGCGGAGUCGUGGGCUACGCUGUCACCACCUACCGCCAGGAGGACGGGCAGCCGGUCAUUGGCUUUGACAUGGGCGGCACCUCCACGGACGUGAGCCGCUACGCAGGGGAGUACGAGCACGUCUUUGAGGCCACGACGGCCGGCAUCAGCAUCCAGGCCCCACAACUAGACAUCAACACCGUGGCCGCUGGGGGUGGCUCGCAGCUCUUCUUCAGGUCGGGGCUCUUUGUGGUUGGUCCUGAGUCGGCAGGGGCCCAUCCUGGCCCCGCUUGCUACCGGAAAGGAGGGCCCCUGACUGUGACGGAUGCUAACCUGUGCCUGGGCCGUCUUCUGCCCGAGUAUUUCCCUUGCAUCUUUGGGCCGCGUGAGGACCAGCCGCUCUCGCGGGAUGCCACCCUGCAGGCCUUCUGGGGGCUCGCUGCCGACAUCAACGCCUUCCUGGGGCCCAGCUCGGCCCUCAGCGUGGAGGAGGUGGCCAUGGGCUUCAUCCAGGUGGCCAACGAAGCAAUGUGCAGGCCCAUCCGGGCCUUGACGCAGGCACGGGGUCACGAUACGUCGCGCCAUGUGCUUGCCUGCUUUGGGGGCGCUGGGGGGCAGCACGCCUGCGCCAUCGCUCGGACCUUGGGCAUGUGCAGAGUCUUCAUCCACAAGUACAGCGGGAUCCUGUCGGCCUACGGGCUGGCUCUGGCAGACGUGGUGCACGAAGCCCAGGAGCCCUGCGCCCUGCCCUACACCCCCCAGGCCUACGCCCGGCUGGACGAGCGUGUGGCAGCCCUGCAGCAGGAGUGUGUCCGGGCUCUGGUGGCCCAGGGCUUUGCCAGAGCCCAGAUCAGCACGGAGGCCUUCCUCCACCUGCGCUACGAGCGGACGGACUGCGCCCUCAUGUGCUCAGCGAAGGGCCACCCGGCCACGCCCGCCUCCUGCCGCACCGGCGACUUUGGGGCUUCCUUUGCUGCCAGGUACCUGCAGGAGUUCGGCUUCACCAUCCCCGGCCGAGCCGUCCUGGUGGAUGACAUCCGGGUGAGGGGCACCGCCGCCAGCGGGCUGGGCCGGGAGGAGCCAGCCUCGGCCAGCCGAGCGGCCCCACGCAUGGGGAAGGUGACUCGCUGUUAUUUCGAGGGGGGCUACCAGGACACCAGAGUCUACCGACUGGAGGAUCUCUCCUGGGGCCACUCCAUCCCCGGCCCCAGCAUCCUAAUUGAUCAAAACAGCACCAUCCUGGUUGAGCCGGGCUGCACGGCGGUUGUGACCCGCCUCGGUGACAUCUGCAUCACGGUGGAGUCCGGGGUGGUCCAUCCCAUCGGCCCCCAGGUUGACCCCAUCCAGCUCUCCAUCUUUUCCCACCGCUUCAUGAGCAUCGCAGAGCAGAUGGGGCGCGUCCUGCAGCGCACGGCCAUCUCCACCAACAUCAAGGAGAGGCUGGACUUCUCCUGCGCCCUCUUUGGGCCGGAGGGGGGGCUGGUGUCCAAUGCCCCCCACAUCCCGGUCCAUUUGGGGGCCAUGCAAGAGACGGUGCAGUUUCAGAUCCGGCACCUGGGCUCUGACCUCCGCAAGGGGGAUGUGAUCCUGAGCAACCACCCAUGUGCAGGGGGCAGUCACCUGCCGGACCUGACAGUCAUCACUCCGGUGUUCUGGCCAGGAGAGCCGAGGCCCGUCUUCUUUGUGGCCAGCCGGGGGCACCAUGCAGACAUCGGGGGCAUCACGCCGGGCUCGAUGCCCCCGCACUCCCACUCUUUGCGGGAGGAGGGGGCCGUCUUUAUUUCCUUCAAGCUAGUCAAGGAUGGUGUCUUCCAAGAGGAAGAGGUCACCAAGGCCCUGAUGGCUCCAGGACAGGUCCCUGGCAGUAGUGGCACUCGUAAUCUCCAUGACAACCUGUCUGACCUACGUGCUCAGGUGGCAGCCAAUCAGAAGGGGAUCCACCUGGUGAAUGAGCUGAUUGGCCACUAUGGGCUGGAGGUGGUGCAGGCGUACAUGGCUCACAUCCAGGCCAAUGCGGAGGUGGCCGUUCAGGACAUGCUGCGGGAUUUCGCCAGGGGGCGGGGCGAGCCGGGGCGCCCCCUGCUGGUGGAGGCCGAGGACUUCAUGGACGACGGCUCCCCCAUCUGCCUCAAGGUGGCCGUUGACCCCCAGGAGGGCAAGGCCGUGUUUGAUUUCACUGGCUCUGGCCACGAGGUCCACGGGAACUGCAACGCCCCCCGGGCCAUCACCCUCUCGGCCCUCAUCUACUGCCUGCGCUGCAUGGUGGGGCAGGACGUCCCCCUCAACCAGGGCUGCCUGGCUCCAGUGAGGACCAUCAUACCCAAGGGCUCCAUCCUGGAUCCGUCCCUGGAUGCUGCCGUCGUGGGGGGCAACGUGCUCACCUCCCAGCGAGUGGUCGACGUGAUCUUCCGGGCCUUUGGGGCGUGUGCCGCCUCUCAGGGCUGCAUGAACAACGUCACCUUCGGCAACGACCGUGUGAGCUACUACGAGACGGUGGCAGGGGGGUCUGGGGCGGGCCCUGGUUGGCAUGGCAGGAGCGGCGUGCACACCCACAUGACCAACACCCGCAUCACCGACCCAGAGAUCUUGGAGAAGCGGUAUCCUGUGGUCUUGCGGUGCUUUGAGCUGGCCCGAGGCACAGGGGGUGCCGGGCAGUUCCGAGGCGGGUCCGGGGUUCGGCGGGAGCUGCAGUUCCGCGAGGAGAUGGUCCUGUCGGUGCUGAGCGAGCGGCGGGCGUUCCGGCCGUACGGCCUGCAAGGUGGGGAGUCCGGCUCCCCGGGGCUGAACCUGCUGAUUCGACGGGAUGGCCGGACCCUCAACCUGGGAGGCAAGACGUCCGUGGCCGUGUUUCCGGGGGACAUCUUCCGCCUGCAGACCCCUGGAGGAGGGGGCUUCGGACCACCCACUGAGCCUGCGCCAGCCACCGAGGGGCAGGGCACGCCCUCCAGAGGCAGACCCUUUGCAGAGAGAGGCAGCGUCUGGGACUAUCGCCUGGCCCAGGAAACGGCAUGA